CUUUACAGUCGCUUCAGCGCCUCCUCAUGCUCCGCCGCGUCUUUGCUAGCGCGCUGCCUGCAGCCCGAGUUGCGGCUGCCAGGGUGAAAGCACCUGCCAUCCAGACUUUUCCACGCAUCGCCCACCAGAGAUUCUUCAGCUCUUCGUUUGAUGUUUUGUUGAGACAAAGUGAUGAUGUCCUCAACGUCGUGAGGAAGAUGGAUACUACCAUCAUGGGCUUGCAUUGGAAGAACAUGGAUGCUGAUGACCUGGAGAAAAUAGCAGAAGGCAUUGGCAGGGGAAGAGACCUCGUGAAUAGCCUGAAUGACGAAGAGGCACAAGUUGCCGAGCGCGAGAAGAAGCUUGUCUCCACUGUCGAGGCAGCAGAGCACAAGCUGUACGCUGCGAUUGAGAGUGACAAGCUCGCGGCCGAGGCUCACGAUUUGAGAAUGCUCAUGGAGGACCUUGGAACGACAGGAGAUGGCGACAACAAGCCUGAGGCCUUCCAGCCUGCAUGGGAGGCUCGUAUCAAGAGCGCUUUCGAGAGCUACUCCGAUCUUUUGGAGAAAUGCGACGCGACGAUCGCCGCCAAGGUCGAGAGGGAAUGCGGCUAUGAGAUGCUGCUGUUGAAGCGAGUCUGCCACAUCGAUGGGUUCCGCUACCACCAUCCCCGCGUGCACCCCUCUGGCUUUAGCGCCACGUGCGAUUGAGCGGAUACGCAGAAAUCGAGAGGAAAACUGCUGACAGUCUUUGAACUAGUAAAUAACCUCGUUGUGUGA